AUGUCUUUCCAAACAGAUAAUAGAGCUCUAAAUAUCAAAUACACAAUUUUUGAGCACUUUAUAUUUCCAUUCAAAUUGAAUCCAUAGAUUCUAAAUUCAGUUAAUAGCCCAAACAUAUCAUUUGAAUAAUUCAGAGACAUUGCUCAAAAAUGCUAAGUUUCAAAUAUAGAGGCGGAUAUUAUGUUUACAUUCUUUUAGUUGGCUUUAGACAAUUAGCCAGGAGUAGAACGCAAAAUGGUGGAUGUUAGAUAAUUAGGUUUAUUCUUGUCUUUACAAAAUUUUAAUCAUGCGGGAAGACAUUCAAUUUUUGAAAACGUGAACAUAAACGAUGUAAAAUAUUAAGAAAGAUAAAGAUAACCAAUGAAUUCUUAUUCUCCAUUGAAUUCCCCUAGGGCAAAAACAAUGAGAGUACAGAGUCAAUAGAAUGAAGUGCAGUAAGUAAUCUAAUUCGUAAAAUCGAAUGUGAAGGAUUGGAUUAAAUUGCUAACAAAUAGUUAAGAGACAAUAACAAAUUAAGAAUACAACCUAUUAUCCUUGAUUUUGUUUAAUGAAUAGAAAUCUAUAAGUUCAUUGAUUUUUGAUCGAACAAAUAAAUUGGGCAAAGAAAUUGUAUCAGAAUGGACAAUUAAGAAUAUUCAAUGCUAGGAAUACGCAUCAACGAUCUGUGGAUUCACAAAGUCAGUUACAGUUAAAAAUAAUGUGGGAGAGGAUUUAAAAAUAACUCAAUGUGAUGAUUCCAUGAUAUACAUUGAUUGUUGUGUAAAUACAUUAUCAAUAUCCCAAUGUACUAAUUGCUAAAUCUUCGUUGGAUCUGUGAGAAUGAUAACCAGUAUAACCUCAUGUGAGAAGAUAACUGUUUGUGUGGCAUCAAAUUAUCUUAAAAUCAGCAAUACAAUAGACUCAACAAUCCAUUACUAUGGUUCAUAUUCUCCCAUUCUCUAUGGUGAUUGCAGAUCCAUCAUACUGGCUCCCAAUAAUUCGAAUACAGAGAAGUCACUUCAAAGAUUAAGAGAAGCCUCCAUUCCCAUUAAUAAAAUAUGUAGGGAUAAAUAUCAGAAACCUUUAAUCAUCGGAUAGAGUAAGAUUGAUUGGUCGCUAUUACCUAUUGAGGAAUUUAGUAAGUUUAUAUUGCCAGAAUCCCAUUUUGGAUGCAUUGACUCACCAUUGAUUUUAGAGUGUAAUUUCGAUAUUGAAAGAAUGAGCAAAGAAAUCACAGAAAAGAAGAUACUGUCUUAAUAGAUGAAUUAUGAAAAAAUCGUUCUUCCACUCUUGGCUCCCCCUGAAUACAUUAAGGCUGUUUAUGAUAGAUACUAAUUGUUCGCUGGUAUUCAAGCUUAAAUCAAACAAUCCAAUCUAAAAGAGGAGAAUCAGAAAUUACUUUAGAAUGCCAUUUAAGGAAAUUUCAGAGAAUGGCUAGUAUCCACAGGAACUAUUAAAGGGAUCAGUGAUCUAGUUAAAUUAAUUGAUUAAGAAUAAUGAAAUAUAUAAAAUAUAAUUUAUUAAA